UUUUAUUUUUUAUUACUAUAAUGUUUGAAAUUUCACCAAAUUCUGAUUAACACUGAAAAAGCCUAUUUUUUUGGUUAUAUUUUAAGAAUUUUAUUAUUUUACUUAUUUUGAUAAGCACUAGUACCUGUACUGUCACUUUAAGAGAGCGUCUUAUGACAUCAGUACUGUGCACUACCUUCAGUAGGCGCUAGGCUACCUGGGAAGAGGUAGGAAACUUUCUUUGCUUUUGAUUAAGCUCGCGUUUUAUGAAAUAUGUAAAAUAAUUGUAAGUACAUGCAGCUGUGAAUGUUUGUUACAAUACAAAAGAGUAUUCUUUUUGACAAGUUAAGAAAAUUUUUCUUAAAGAUAUUGUUAUUAGUUAGUCACAGGGUUUCUCCAUGUGCUUGUCUGCUAGGGGAAAUCCGACACCUGUGAAUGGAAGAGCUGCAUGCUAAAGGGCAUUUAUAUUUCCAUUUGUGCAGAAAUUUGUGAUCCUGUGAUGUUAGACGGGAAGGCUUGGAACCGAGUUUGCUUCCACCUUUUGGUGUUUGCAUUAUGUGGAGUCAUGGCUCACUGCCAGUCUCAAAGCAAAGGCUUUUCAAAGCAGCGGACUCUCUUUUUGGUUGGAAAAACUGGCUCUGGAAAGAGUGCAUCAGGAAACACCAUCUUGGGCCACUCUGUGUUUAGAGAAGACGCCUCGGCUGAGUCGGUGACAAAAACCUGUGAGAAACGAGAGCGACUGGAAGGAGACAGGAACAUCGUGGUGAUCGACUCCCCGGGAAUAUUUGACACAGAUAAAACACAAGUGCAACUCAAAGAAGACAUUGAGCAGUGUGUUAAGCUGUCAGUUCCUGGGCCUCAUGCUUUUCUGUUAGUGAUAAACUUAAAGUCGAGAUUCACAAAAGAGGAAAAGGACACUGUGAAGUGGAUCCAGGAUAACUUUGGCUCUGCUGCUGCUACUUACACCAUAGUCCUGUUCACUCAUACCGACUUGUUGAGAGGUAAAUCUGUUGAGGACUAUGUGGCAGAAAGCAAACAACUACAAGCUUUAAUACAGCAGUGUGGAGGAAGAUACCACUCGUUAAUCAAUGGGCAGAGUUCAGACAGAAAACAGGUCACAGAACUUCUGCAUAAAAUAGAUGAAAUGGUUCAAAUAAAUGGGGGAGACCAUUACACCAACAGUAUGUACUACAAUGCCCAGAGGAAACUGGACGAGGAAGAGUUUAGAGCAUGGUGGGAGGAAGAAGAGAGAAAAAGACAGGCAGAGAGGGAAAGGUGUAAAAGUGAAUAUGAAAGAGAGAGACAGAAGGAUAGAGAGAAGAGGGAGAGAGAUGAAAAGUUCCGUUUUUGGUGUAAACUAUUAAGUCUUACUGCCAAGGGAUUGAUGAUGACAAACUAUUUCUACCUUGUGAAAAUAGGAGGUGCUGUUGGUUUCUUCGUUGCUGACUGUGAACUCAUAGGCUCUGUAUUUUCUUAAAGCAAUAGAAAAUGUGUCUAAAUGAACCAAUAUAUAUUGAUCACUGGGUGAACACAACGGUGCAUGUUUAACAGUAAUUGAGCUGGUAACACUGGUAGCUGACGAUAUCUAAUUUACAGAAUACAGACACAUAAAAUCCACACCUUGCAUGUGUAUUGUCAAUAUGAACAAUUCAGGCUCUGUGUUUUGGGUUUUUCCUUCUUAGUUGUUCAUUUUUAAUUAAUAUUAUUUUGUGCAUAUGAACACAAGUUUCAUCAACGUUACACAGCACUGCUCUUAGUUAUCCCGACACAACUCAUGCACAGUUUAUGCUCUUCUUCAUCUCAGUCAGAGAUGUGCCAAACUUGUCAUUAAACUGGUGAACAUGUUUCAGAACUCUAA